AGUAUCAGCGCGGCCGUCCAAUCAGGGUCAUGAAAUAUUUGGUGAGCACUGUGACAAAUCAUCUAAUGGGAUGUACUGGGAUGUGUAACGUCGGCAAUUGCAGGUCAUUUUAGUAAGGAUAUUCAUUUACAGUUCCCACUUUUCCGGAUUGAUCGGCUUUUCCCCUGUAUUAAAACGACCCCAUUUCCCUCUAUGCCGAUCCAAAAACCUCUGAACUCAUCAGCUUCUACGUAUGAACUCUACUCAUCCUCCUGUGCUAAUAGUAGGCGCUGGGCCAGCAGGUCUGGUAGCAGCGUUGACACUCGUCCAAAACGGCAUCCCAGUUCGCAUCAUUGAUAAAGAUCCCAAGCCUCACAUCGGACAGCGUGGACCCACAAUAUGGCCACGCUCCCUCGAGCUCUUUAACUUCCUGAACGUUCCGGACGUCAACAUUCUAGGGAAACCAAUCCCUGACAUCCGUUCAUACAAGUCCGGGACGUUGGAACCUCUGAAAGACUAUUCGAUCGUUCCGCACAUGGAGCCUACAUCAACGGUGCCAUUUCACAUCCCCAAGACGAUAGGGCAACAGCUCCUAGAUGUGGUUCUGCGGCGCCACCUAGAGAAGUUCUCUUGCUCUGUCGAGAUGAGCACCGAACUGCGUUCAUUCGAACAGUCCGACCAGGGUGUUACCGCCGUUCUCGCGAAGAACGGUAUCUUAGAGACUUUUAAUACCAAGUGGAUGAUUGGUGCUGACGGUGCUAAAGGCGUCGUGCGCAAACAGCUUGGGCUCACGUUUUUUGGCGAGACUAGAGACGAUUUCUGCGUUGUUACUGGAGAUAUUCGUUUCAAGGGAGUUGUCUCGAAGCACCUUCACCAAUUUGGAAGCUUGGGUGGACAAUCCCUCUCAUUGCGUCCGACAGACGAAAUCGGCGAGGAUGGCUGGCAAUUUUUCAUCUCCGAUCGCGAAGUAGAGUUGGCGAAGAUUGUUCAGAGCGAGGAACUCCUCUUCGAGACCAUCGCGUCGUUCAUCCCCACUGAGAUUACAUUCAACAAGCUGGUUUGGGUGAGCGAGUACCGGGCCAAUAUCCGUAUGGUAAACAAGUUUAGCGACGGUCAAGUGUUCGUUGUGGGUGAUGCUGCACAUGUUCACAGUCCUGCCGGUGGUCAGGGACUCAAUGCAAGUGUCCAAGAUGCCUUUAAUCUAGGAUGGAAACUUGCGCUCGUCGAAAAAGGACUUGCGGACAAGUCUCUUCUCGAGACAUACAGCGCAGAGCGUCUCCCUGUCAUCUCCGAGAUGCUCGAGAUGACCACCUCUAUUCUUAACAAGGCCGUAACCACAGGAGAUCUGACGCACCACCAAAGUCCCAUCCUUUUCAUGCUUGGUAUCAACUGUCGGUUCAGCAGCAUCGUACUCGAUGAAUUUGCAACUCCAGUCGAGGGGAAGCCUAUCAACGCAUACGGGGUGUUUGAUGAGGGGCAUCUCGCAGCUGGAGACAGGGCACCCGAUGCACCCAACAUGCUACAGGUAGGGCACGGAGAGUCUGAAGUGAAGACGCUUUUCGGUCUGUACAGACCCUGGUAUCACACGGUGCUUGUGUUCGCGCCGAGUCUUGCAGAUACUUCCCCGAUCUUGGGCGCGCUUGGGGCAUGCAACAAAAGUGUGGUGCGAUCGGCAGUCAUUUUGCCUUCAUCGGCACCAGCGAUACCUGUCGCAUCUCCUGCUGAUCUCGUUCUCGUUGAUCAGGAGGGCUAUGCGUAUUCAGCUUAUCUUGUCAAAGCUAACCAAACGAAGGUGUUUGUGAUACGGCCGGACGGAGUGAUUGGGGCGAUCGUUCAUGGUGAAGAAGGCGUGAAGAAAUAUUUCUCAAACAUCUUUUUGGACCUUUAGUUGUCUGUUCUUUUUACACUUUUACAAUCAUAACCAAAUCAUAACUCAUUUAUAUCACCGUGUUGUAGAUAUCAUGUUUGUAACUGAAAUUAUGCGUCGUCGAGUAUCACAU